AUGGUUUUGUCCGACUUCAGAUGGCCCUCUGUGCCCGAUCGACGGGAGCUUAAUUGCAGAUACGCGAGCAUGCGUGGCGUUCUCCUCCUCAUGUGCCUGACUCGGUCAUUGACGCGGUCGAUUCAGCUGAUCUGGGCUAGAGUCUUCCCCGCGAUUUCGUCGCACGCCUGGAUCAACCACGCAAGGGAUCUUGCAGGCUUUCAGGCUUGUGGAGAACCAGCGCUGUCCAGUAAAUGGUUGAGAUGGCCAGUACUCUACGAAUCAUCUUCAAAAAGAGCAAAGAGGAUGCGAUGCCUCGGACACCUUGCUUUUGUGUUCUGGACUGGUGGACCUGGGGGUCAUGCUAAUGCUACCAAGUUCAGUGGCUGGAAGAGUGUGUUUCCGCUUACAGAGUGGAUCAUCAAGGGACGCCGUCCGAUCCCUUGCGGCUGCAAGUUAGCGAUGUUCAGCCGUCCACUGCAGCAUCUGAUACCAAGACGAUCUGUUGCAGGUCAAACAUCUUCUUUUGACUAG